AUGAGAUGUAACAUUUGGCCUUUUUUGUAUUUCUUACUCUAUGCAUUUUUGGUUUUCGUGUUCAAUGAGAGUAUUUUGUUUUAUUUGACGAUUUGGAAAUGUGAAUGGCCGUGUGGAGAAAAGGGGUAAGGCAUUUUUUGUUGGAAAAAACAUUAACUAAAAUUUUCGAGUUUUUUGACACCGAAAAAUACAGAUUUUUAAAUUUCUAGAAUCUGAUAAAAUUUGGAAUCAACCUUUUCUAAAAAUCCCACAAUGCAACACAUUUCUCCCGAUAUUCACUCCUCUCCCCCUUUUCUCUGCCUCCUUCUUUCAUAACUUGACAAUACGCGCAUUGUUUUAUGUCUGCAUCCUUAGCGCAGUCGGGUAGGGGAUGGACUGCCAAGCAAUGUGUGUGGUCAUUUUGGUGGGUUCGAGUCCCACCGCAAGCUGUUUUCGUUCCUAUAUCCUCUAAUGUAAUUUUCGAUCGAAAAUCUUCAUUCGAAAAUGUCCCAAAAAAGCGUCAACAUUUCUGUUGAAAAGAGAGAGGGCGCAGAGAAAGAUUGAAGGCAGAGAAAAACGGAAAAGAGAUUGGGAAAAGGUAUUUUUUGCUAAUUUGUGCUGUAAUUAACAUCAUAUUGUACAGAAUUUUGUGAGGAUUUUUAUAAGAAUGUUUCCAAUUCAAAGGAGACCGUUACGCCUGGGAGCUAACAGCUCCUAGUCAAUAGAGAAUAAUUUCAAGGUGUUAUUGAAUAUUAUAAAUAAUUUUCCGAUUUUUUCCGACAAAACUGUUAUUCCCGACUUUUUUUUAAUAUUUAAAUUGAAUAAAACUUGCAGCUGCGAUUCAAAAGAUCUCAAAGUUUUCAUGAUUUCUGACACACAUUUAUUAGGCGAAAGAUUAGGACAUUGGUUGGACAAAUUAAAAAGGUAACAUUUUACCCCAACAAAAAAAGUUCCAAAAUAUUUGUUUUCAGAGAAUGGCAAAUGAAACAAUCAUUCAGACACGCUGUUUCGAUUCAUAAACCUGAUGUUGUAUUUUUCUUGGGCGAUCUUUUGGAUGAGGGAAAAUGGUCGAAUUCACAGAAGUUUUCAGAAUAUGCGAAUCAAUUCAAGAAUAUGUUUGGAGAUGUGAAUAGAGCUGGAGAAAAGCCUGAGAUUAUUGUGUUGUCUGGAAAUCAUGAUUUAGGAUUUCAUGAUUAGUGAGUUCCUGAAUUUUUUGAAACUGAAAAUGGAAUAUUUUCUAGCAUAAAUCCUGAAAUUGUUGAUUCAUUUCGACGAGAAUUCAAGAGAAGUUUAAUUGAUGAAGUCUACAUCAAAAAUCAUCGAUUUGUUUUGAUAACUUCGAUGGCUUUAGAAGGCGAUGGUUGUCGAUUAUGUCAUGAAGCUGAAAUGCGUCUGAAAGAAUUAAGAAAUGAAAAAGCGCCAAUUGUCCUCCAACAUUAUCCAUUAUAUCGAAAAAGUGAUGGAGAAUGUGAGAAAUUAGAUUAUUUGCAUGAAAUUGACGAGGAAGAGAUUUAUCGAGAACGUUGGGAUACAAUUUCCAAGGAAUCAACUGAAAAAUUGAUAGAUUGGCUAAAUCCUCGCGCAGUUUUUGAUGGUCAUUCGCAUAAAAUGUGCAAAAAGCGAUGGACUUCAAAAUCCCCGCAAGAUUCCUCAUCAAAAGAUUAUGAUUUUUAUGAAUAUACUGUGAACUCGUUUAGCUGGAGAAAUGGUGAUAAACCGGCAUUGCUCAUGGUAGUUAUUAAUGAGGAGAAUGUAAGCAUUUUUUUUUUCAUUUUCAAAAAAACAAUAUAAUUUUUUAGAUACUUGUAAAUAGUUGUCGAUUGCCUAGUGAAUUCGUGCAAUUUGUGAUUUAUUUUAUUUCGGGUGCAAUUGCGUGUAUUUUUUUGAUUUUAUCGUGGUGUAAUUGUAAUUUAUGGCCACUUCGCCCAACUCGAAAAAAUAGCCUUCCUUGGUGCAAUAAUACUGGUAUUAAAAAUGAAUGA